AAUGAAAAUCUUUUCUGAGUCUCAUAAAACUGUUUUCGUUGUGGAUCACUGCCCAUAUAUGGCAGAAUCCUGCAGACAACAUGUUGAAUUCGAUAUGUUAGUGAAGAAUCGGACCCAAGGAAUUAUACCUCUAGCACCCAUAUCAAAAUCACUGUGGACCUGUUCAGUGGAAUCAUCCAUGGAGUACUGUAGAAUAAUGUAUGAUAUUUUCCCUUUCAAGAAACUGGUGAAUUUCAUUGUGAGUGAUUCUGGGGCUCAUGUCUUGAAUUCUUGGACUCAAGAAGAUCAGAACUUGCAGGAGUUGAUGGCCGCAUUAGCAGCUGUUGGGCCACCUAAUCCUCGGGCAGAUCCAGAGUGCUGCAGCAUACUUCAUGGUCUGGUUGCAGCGGUUGAAUCGCUCUGCAAAAUAACCGAAUACCAGCAUGAGGCUCGAACCAUGCUCAUGGAGAAUGCAGAACGUGUUGGAAAUAGGGGAAGAAUAAUCUGUAUUACUAAUGCAAAAAGUGACAGUCAUGUUCGGAUGCUUGAGGAUUGUGUUCAGGAAACCAUUCAUGAGCAUAACAAGCUUGCGGCUAAUUCAGAUCAUCUAAUGCAGAUUCAGAAAUGUGAAUUGGUCUUAAUCCACACUUACCCAGUUGGUGAAGAAAGCCUUGUUUCGGAUCGUCCUAAAAAAGAGCUUUCGCCUGUUUUAACCAGUGAAGUGCACAGUGUCCGUGCGGGCCGGCAUCUGGCUACAAAACUGAAUGUUUUAGUACAACAGCACUUUGAUCUGGCUUCAACCACAAUAACUAACAUCCCUAUGAAGGAAGAACAACAUGCUAACACAUCAGCCAACUAUGAUGUGGAGCUUCUUCAUCACAAAGAGGCACAUGUUGACUUUUUAAAGAGUGGUGAUAAUCAUACAGGUGGCAAUAGCAGAGAAGGCACAUUUAAAGAAACUGUUACGUUAAAAUGGUGUACUCCUCGAACAAAUAGUGUGGAAUUACACUAUUGCACUGGAGCGUUCAGAAUUUCACCAGUAGAUGUAAAUAGCAGACCUUCUUCCUGCCUUACUAACUUUCUCCUUAAUGGUCGUUCUGUUUUGUUGGAGCAGCCGCGCAAGUCUGGCUCUAAAGUAAUUAGUCACAUGCUCAGCAGCCAUGGAGGAGAAAUUUUUCUGCAUGUAUUGAGCAGCUCACGAUCAAUUCUAGAAGAUCCCCCGUCAAUUAGUGAAGGGUGUGGUGGAAGAGUCACUGACUACCGGAUUACAGAUUUUGGUGAAUUUAUGAGGGAAAACCGAUUAACUCCUUUUCUAGAGCCCAGAUAUAAGAUCGAUGGAAGUCUUGAAAUUCCAUUGGAACGUGCAAAAGAUCAGUUAGAGAAACAUACUCGUUACUGGCCUAUGAUUAUUUCUCAGACUACCAUCUUCAACAUGCAAGCUGUAGUGCCAUUAGCCAGUGUGAUUGUAAAAGAAGCAAUGACCGAUGAGGAUGUUCUGAAUUGUCAAAAAACAAUAUACAAUUUGGUAGACAUGGAGAGGAAAAACGAUCCACUGCCAAUUUCAACAGUUGGUACCAGAGGAAAGGGUCCAAAAAGAGAUGAACAAUACCGGAUUAUGUGGAAUGAAUUGGAGACCCUUGUACGAGCACACAUAAACAACUCUGAUAAACACCAGCGAGUCUUAGAAUGUUUGAUGGCUUGCAGAAGCAAACCCCCAGAAGAAGAGGAGCGCAAGAAACGAGGUAGAAAGAGAGAAGACAAAGAAGACAAGUCAGAGAAGUUGGGCAAAGACUAUGAAUCAGAUAAGCCAUGGCAAGAAUCAGAAAGGUUAAAAGGUCUUUUGGAUCGUGAAAAAGAAGAACUAGCAGAAGCUGAAGUUAUCAAAGAUUCCCCUGAUUCUCCUGAGCCACCCAACAAAAAGCCACUUAUUGCAAUGGAUGAAAUGCCCACAGUUGAAAAGGCAAAAGGGCCAAUGUCCUUGCUGUCUUUAUGGAGCAACAGGAUUAAUACUGCCAACUCUAGGAAACACCAGGAAUUUAUUGGUCGUUUGAACUCUGUCAACAAUAAAGCUGAGCUAUAUCAACAUCUGAAAGAAGAAAAUGGAAUGGAAACAACGGAAAAUGGAAAAGCAGGCCGGCAGUGAUGAUUAAUUUUGUUUCUUUGGACGAAACUUGGCCGAAUUGCAAAAAUAUGUAAUGCUGGAAUUGAUAUUAGUACCGUUUCAGUACAGUUGUAUAGCUGUUUUGAUUGUUUUUUACGUUUUUCUAUUAUUUUUGCUAUGAAAUAUGAAAUCCACAUGUCACUGAAAUGAAUAGUGUGCAAACAGCUGUCCCAAAGUACUUUACAGUCAUGUUUUUAGGAUGAAGAAAACCUGUGCCACCAUGGACUAAAUCAAGUAAUCAAAAAUGUUAAGAGUUUAAAGUCCUUUCCCAUAAGUAUUGUUUAAUAUCUCAAAAUCAGUGAUGACUGU